CUCCCGCGGGCGCGAGCGCAGCGUAGCGAGUCCUGACAGCGCUCCGCGCGGCCGGGCCGGGCGGAACGGAGAUCCAGCCGGGCGGGCGCUGCGCCGCGCCACGCCGAGCCGCCUGCAUGGAGCCCGCCACCAGUUUCCUGUCCCCGCGCCCUUUCCCUCGUGCUGCCGCCCGGCCCGCGCCUCCCGCCGGGCCCGGACCACCUCCGAGUGGACUGCCCGGACCCGGACCCGAACCUGAGAUGCUGGCUGGGCCGCCCCCGGCGCCGGAUCCCGGGCGCCUCAUCACGGAUCCACGCAGCGGCCGUACCUACUUCAAAGGUCGCCUGCUGGGGAAGGGGGGUUUCGCCCGCUGCUAUGAGGCCACGGACAGGGAGACGGGCAGCGCCUACGCGGUCAAAGUCAUCUCGCAGAGCCGCAUCACCAAGCCGCAUCAGAGGGAGAAGAUUCUAAACGAGAUUGAGCUUCACCGAGACCUGCAGCACCGCCACAUCGUGCGUUUCUCGCAUCACUUUGAGGACGCAGACAACAUCUACAUUUUCCUGGAGCUCUGCAGCCGAAAGUCCCUGGCUCACAUCUGGAAGGCUCGGCACACCCUGCUGGAGCCAGAGGUGCGUUACUACCUGCGGCAGAUCUUGUCUGGACUCAAGUACCUGCACCAUCGGGGCAUCCUGCAUCGGGAUCUCAAGCUGGGAAAUUUUUUUAUCACUGAGAACAUGGAACUGAAGAUGGGAGAUUUUGGACUGGCGACACGGUUGGAACCUCCAGAGCAUAGGAAGAAGACCAUCUGUGGUACUCCCAAUUAUGUGGCUCCGGAAGUGCUGCAGAGACAGGGCCAUGGCCCUGAGGCAGACGUGUGGUCCCUUGGCUGUGUCAUGUAUACACUGCUCUGUGGGAGCCCCCCAUUUGAGACUGUUGACCUGAAGGAGACGUACCGCUGCAUCAAGCAGGUUCAUUACACACUGCCCGCUAGUCUCUCGCUGCAUGCCCGCCAGCUCCUGGCCUCCAUCCUUCGUGCUUCGCCCCAAGACCGCCCCUCAAUUGACCAGAUCCUGCGCCACGACUUCUUCACCAAGGGCUACACCCCCGAUCGGCUCCCUGUCAGCAGCUGUGUGACAGUACCAGACCUGAUACCCCUUAACCCAGCAAAGAUCCUGUUCGUCAAAGUUACCAAGAGCCUCUUUGGCAGAAAGAAGAACAAGAAUAAGAACCAUCCUGAGGAGCGGGACGAGAUCUCCUGUUUGGUGAAUGGCUUCACUCGGGCAUCCAUCAGUCAGCAGGAUGCCAGGCCUGAGGUUCCCCCAGCUUCAGGUCCAGCCCCUCCCAGCCUAGUAGAGACAGCACCUGAGGACAGCUCACCCCGGGGCACGCUGGCGAGUAGUGGAGAUGGAUUUGAAGAAGGCCUGACAGUGGCCACGGUGGUAGAAUCUGCCCUCUGUGCUCUGAGAAACUGCCUGGCCUUCAUGCCUCCAGCCGAACAGAACCCUGCUCCCCUGGCACAGCCAGAGCCACUGGUGUGGGUCAGCAAGUGGGUUGACUACUCCAACAAGUUUGGCUUUGGCUAUCAACUCUCCAGCCGCCGUGUGGCUGUGCUCUUCAACAAUGGCACACACAUGGCGCUGUCGGCCAAUAGGAAGACCGUGCACUACAACCCAACAAGCAUGAAGCAUUUCUCCUUUUCUGUGGGAGCUGUGCCCCGGGCCCUGCAGCCACAGCUGGGGGUCCUCCGGUAUUUUGCCUCCUACAUGGAGCAACGGCUCAUGAAGGGUGGAGAUCUGCCCAGUGUGGAAGAAGUGGAGUUACCUGUCCCCCCACUUUUGCUGCAGUGGGUCAAGACGGAUCAGGCCCUGCUCAUGCUGUUUAGUGAUGGCACCGUCCAAGUAAACUUCUAUGGGGACCACACCAAGCUGAUCCUCAGUGGCUGGGAACCCCUCCUUGUGACUUUUGUGGCCCGAAAUCGCAGUGCUUGUACUUACCUCGCUUCUCACCUCCGGCAGCUGGGCUGCUCCCCAGACCUCCGUCAACGUCUCCGCUACGCCCUGCGCCUGCUCCGGGACCGCUGCCCAGCCUAGGCCCCAAACCUCAGAGCCUGCUGGCCUCUGCCUGGAAGACUCUGGUGGCCCUCCCUGUCCCUUUGGUGCUUCCCUGGGGGCUUGGGCCGCAUCCCCCAGGGAAUCAGGGACCAGCUUUACUGGGGUUAGAAGCUGCCUGCCCUUGGCAUCUAUCUCUUACCCUUACUCCAAGAUAAGCCUGAGCCUUAGCUCCCUGCUAGGGGGCGCUAUUUAUGGACCACUUUUAUUUAUUGACAAGACAUUUAUUUAUUGGGAUGUGAGCCCCAGGAAGGGCCUCCUCCUGGGAUGGAUAAUAAAAACGUUUU